AUGCCGGGGCGGCGGCUGUGGUGGCGGCGGCGGGGGGCGCUGGCGGAGCCCGCGGGCAGCUCCUCGUGCGUGGCGGCGGCGGCGGCGGCGGCGGCCCUGCUGCUCUUCCUGCUGCCCGCCGGCUGCCCGGGCGUGGGCGCCCUCAACGACACGGAGCCCAUCGUGCUGGAGGGCAAGUGCCUGGUGGUGUGCGACUCCAGCCCCUCCGCCGACGGCGCCAUCACCUCGUCGCUCGGCAUCUCCGUGCGCUCGGGAAGCGCCAAGGUGGCGUUCUCGGCCACGCGCAGCACCAACCACGAGCCGUCCGAGAUGAGCAACCGCACCAUGACCAUCUACUUCGACCAGGUGUUAGUUAAUAUUGGCAACCAUUUUGACCUGGCUUCCAGUAUAUUUGUAGCACCAAGAAAAGGAAUUUAUAGUUUCAGCUUCCAUGUUGUGAAAGUAUAUAACAGACAAACUAUCCAGGUAAGUUUAAUGCAGAAUGGCUAUCCAGUGAUUUCAGCUUUUGCUGGGGACCAAGAUGUUACCAGAGAAGCAGCCAGCAAUGGGGUCUUGCUUCUUAUGGAAAGAGAAGACAAAGUGCAUCUCAAACUGGAGAGAGGAAACCUCAUGGGAGGAUGGAAAUACUCCACCUUUUCUGGCUUCUUGGUUUUUCCACUAUAAAGGGAGCUCAAGGAGAAGCCUAGUCUUCAAGCUGGAACAAGGAUCCAGUCAUUAAAAACAACACCACACACAAGAACCCUCCUCCUCCUCCCAGAACUUGGCUACACAUGCCAAUAAUCUCAGCCACCCAGUCAGACUGCCAUAAUAGAAGAAUGAGAAACCUUCUUGACGCCACUCUUUGCUUUGACUUUUGACAGUUCCUUGGGAAACCUGCGGCUCUGAUUAGUUUUAGAUGACAGUGAUCUUUAAGAGAAAUGAAAUUAUCAACCUGAGCAAUUUGUACCUGUGAUUGUAAAGUCAAUUUUGGAUUUUAUUGUUGGGAUCAUUGACUUUCCUCCCUUCAUUCUCUUUCUGUUGUUCUCCCGAAGAGACAUGCUAAUUGGGAUCACGUAGCUGCUUGUCCAGGGCUUAGCCCAAAGCCAGAAGAACCUGACAUCCCAUGUCCUUGCAAUGCUUUCUCUUUUGUGUUUAUAUAGCCUUAAAAGAAACCCAAGACAAAAAUAAGAAUGGCUUCAAUUUCUGUCCUUUAUCUUCUGGGGGAGGGAAAUCCGUGGACAUUACUGUGUCAAGAAGUGCUUUAUCCAGUGAAGCAAAUUUUGCACGAUUGGAAACUAAUUUACUUUGUGUUAUUUCUGUUUUUCCAUCAUCAUUCUUUUCCUUUUUCUGACUCUUUCUGUGCUAAAGAAGCAAGCUCGAUCGAUCAACAAGAUAAAGCAAGCACAAAUAUACCCUGUAGCUCGCAGUGAAACUAACCAGUGAACACUUCUGCUUGCACUGUCCAACAGAUCUAAAAGAAGCAUUUGUCGAGGCUGAGGAAGACACUGCACAAUCUGAUUUUUGAGUUACAAUCUGGAAAGGGAAUGACAUUUCUGAAUUGGUCUGACAUUUCCAGAAUCUGUUUCAGAAGGCUGUGAAUAUCUUAUUUGAACAUACCGUAAAAUGAUAGCAUUCCUUUGCAUUUCUGGGAGCUCUGUGGUGCUUUCCUGAUCUUUAUUUGAUGAAUUUGAUUACUAAUGCUUGAAUAUGCAGUCAUUUGGGUUCUUUCGAGUGUUCCAAUAUCUUCCCUCCGGUUUAAACAACAGAUUUUUUCACACCAAACCUUGAAGGAUCAGGCAUAUAUAAACAGUUUGUGUUAAUAUGUGUGACAGAACAGGAACGUUGAAAUUCUGAGGCUGUGAAAGCUUACUAAGGUUUAUGUGGUUUAGCUUUGAAUACAUAAAUUGUAUAUUUUGUUUAUUUAUUCAUUUAUUUAUUUUUGUUGAAGCUUUCCCUAUUAGCAUCCAAAGACUUUUGAGUAGUCUUAAUCCAAUACUGUAUAUCAGAAAGGUCAUUGAUUCCAAAUGAUAAAAGAAGAAACCUCAGGUUGAAUUCAAAUUCACCUUCUAUGUGUCAAUGUAACCAAAAUGCUGAUGAACUUUAGAUUCAGAAUAAAUGGGUUUCAUGUCCAACUUGCCUUCUUUUCACUUUUAUGUAAGUGUCAAAAGUGACUGCAGUGCAGGGGAAAGUGCAGUUUGGGCUCAAAGAAAUGAGUAGGAUUUUUUAAAAAAAUCUUUUUGCUUAAUUUGUUUUUAAAUUCAUAUUUCAGUGAUGUUGUUGAGCAGAUGGGUAGACUGGAAUUCUAUUUCAUUUUUUGCUGUGUUCGUUUCUCUUCCCUUUCUCAAGGAAUAAAUAUAAUGCAAAUGAUGUUUGCAGAAU